UUUUUCAUUCACAAGGUGUUUUUGGAAGGGACGUCCAGUUCAUAUAUGGAGUUCGGAAGCAGCGGGGGAGGUGGAGGGAGUGGGUCUGGUGGGGACCACGAUGCCUCCGACCCUUCCCGCAGGAAAAAGCGUUACCAUCGCCAUACUGCUCACCAGAUUCAGAGGCUUGAAGGAAUGUUCAAGGAGUGCCCACACCCUGAUGAGAAGCAAAGGUUACAGUUGAGUAGGGAGUUGGGAUUGGCACCCAGGCAGAUCAAGUUUUGGUUUCAAAACAGAAGGACCCAGAUGAAGGCCCAACACGAAAGAGCCGAUAACUGUUCUCUUCGUUCAGAGAACGAUAAGAUCCGAUGUGAGAACAUAGCCAUCAGAGAAGCACUCAAGAAUGUCAUCUGCCCUUCUUGCGGUGGCCCUCCUGUCAACGAGGAUUCCUAUUUUGAUGACCAAAAAUUGAGAAUGGAGAAUGCCCAAUUAAAGGAGGAGCUUGAUAGAGUAUCUAGUAUUGCAGCCAAGUACAUAGGUAGGCCAAUAUCCCAACUCCCACCAGUGCAGCCUAUUCAUAUUUCUUCAUUGGAUUUAAGGAUGGCGAGUUUUGACGGCCAUGGGAUUGGUGUUGCUGGUCCUUCCCUUGAUCUUGAUCUUCUCCCUGGAAGUUCAUCCGCAAUGCCAAAUUUACCUUUCCAACCAGUUGUCAUUUCGGACAUGGAUAAGUCCCUCAUGACCGAUAUUGCCGCAAAUGCAAUAGAAGAACUGCUCAGGCUUUUGCAGACCAAUGAACCUUUAUGGAUCAAGUCCACCACUGAUGGAAGAGAUGUUCUUAAUCUUGAAAGCUAUGAAAGGAUUUUUCCUAGAGCUAGCACCCACUUUAAAUCUCCCAAUGUUAGGAUUGAAGCUUCCAGAGACUCUGGUGUUGUUAUCAUGAAUGGUUUAGCUUUGGUUGACAUGUUCAUGGAUUCAGACAAAUGGGUGGAGCUAUUUCCAACCAUUGUCUCCAUGGCCAAGACUAUCGAAGUAAUUUCAUCUGGAACGUUGGGCAGUCAUAGUGGUUCUUUGCAAUUGAUGUACGAAGAAUUGCAGGUGCUUUCCCCGCUAGUAUCCACACGUGAAUUUUACAUCCUUCGCCACUGUCAGCAAAUCGAGCAAGGCUUAUGGGCUAUAGUGAAUGUUUCAUAUGAUUUUCCUCAAUUUGCUUCUCACUGUCGAUCUCGUAGGCUUCCUUCUGGAUGCUUGAUUCAGGACAUGCCUAAUGGCUACGCCAAGGUUACCUGGGUGGAGCAUGUGGAGGUUGAAGAUAAGACUCCAACUCAUCGGCUCUAUAGGGAUCUCAUUCAAGGUGGUUUGGCAUUUGGAGCUGAACGGUGGCUUGCUACUCUUCAGAGAAUGUGCGAGUGGUUUGCUUGCCUAAUGGUAUCAGGCACUUCAACCCGGGAUCUGGGGGGAGUAAUUCCAUCCCCUGAUGGCAAGAGAAGCAUGAUGAAGCUUGCUCAAAGGAUGGUCAACAAUUUCUGCACAAGCAUCAGCACAUCCAAUAGUCAUCGGUGGACAACACUUUCCGGUUUGAAUGAAGUUGGUGUCCGGGUCACUGUUCAUAAGAGUUCUGAUCCUGGACAACCCAAUGGUGUAGUACUUAGUGCGGCUACUACCUUCUGGCUUCCUGUUACUCCUCAAAAUGUCUUCAUUUUCUUCAAGGAUGAGAGAACUCGACCUCAGUGGGAUGUUCUAUCCAACGGCAAUGCAGUGCAAGAGGUUGCUCAUAUUGCAAAUGGGUCGCAUCCAGGAAAUUGCAUAUCUGUUUUACGGGUAAGGCUCUUGAAAUUAUUGAAGCAUUUUCCUUUAUUUUAUUUCAAUGCUUUGUCGAAUUGUUUUUUGAAUGCCUUUAAUACUAGUCAGAACAAUAUGUUAAUACUUCAAGAAAGCUGCAUAGACAGGUCAGGGUCACUAGUGGUAUAUUGUCCGGUUGAUUUGCCUGCCAUCAAUCUAGCAAUGAGUGGUGAGGAUCCUUCAUACAUUCCAUUACUGCCAUCAGGCUUUACGAUUUCACCUGAUGGCCAUCCAGACCAAGGAGAUGGAGCGUCAACGAGCUCUAGUGCAAAUGGAAACAUGGGAAGAUCUGGGGGUUCACUAAUUACAAUAGCUUUUCAGAUACUAGUGAGCAGCUUGCCAUCCGCUAAGCUGAACAUGGAGUCAGUGACGACUGUUAAUAACCUUAUAGGCACCACUGUCCAGCAAAUUAAGGCUGCUUUGAAUAGUCCUAGUGCCUGAUGAUCUGGUUGCGUUACUGCUUUUACCUCUCUCCAUCAUCUUUAAAUAUUGAGAUCAAAGGAUUUCGGAGUCUCUUUGUGCUGGUGGUAUUCAAUGUGGGGGAAGUAUUGUGGUUAGUUGGGACUUU